ACCCGCAUUUCACGUUUCCUUAUCUCGACGAAACACUCUGAAACGGAUUUGGCCUUGAAGUCGAAUCAUUUGCUCUCUUCGGUGAAGUCUGACAGUUCCUUCAUCUUUUUUACCGCUUCGAUGCAGCACGGAGCCUCUCAUGGUGUGUGGCAGUACCUUCUUAUGCGAUUGAAUGCCUAUUUGAUCGAUAUGCUUGGCAUGGCACCCGGUGGAGAAUUUCGAGCCGCUGCGCAGGAGGUAAGUAAUUUUAACACACGUAUUAUCUUGAAUUGA